AUGCAAGAAAUAGAAGCACAAAAGUAAUAAAAAGCAAGUGAAGGAGCACAUUUUUUUUACAAAUUAAUAUUUAUAUCAGCAUCAGGAAUUAUUGAGACUUAGUUUAUUGAAUAAAAUGUAAUUAGAAUCUUUGAUUAUUUGUACAUUUAAUAUUCUAUGGAUGAAUAUUUUUGGGAACUUACAUACUUAUUACUUUAAUUCCUGGUUAUUAAAAAGUAAUGCUGCUAUUAUAAUCUUUUUUUUAAUUUUUUGGAUAUAUGUUUCGGAAUUUAUCUAAUUUUAUUACUAUUUUAUGGAGGAAAAAUGUAUUUUACACCAAAAGAUUGUUUGAUGGAAGCUCCGAUUUUAUUUUUUUUAGAAACAUUUUUGUUGGUAUACAGAGAUGAAAAAUAUAUUAGGUAACAAUAAAGAUAUGAAUCAUUUUAUUUAUAACGGAAUCAUUUAUGCAAUUUUGAUUUUGCCAUUUAUAUCAUAUUUACUCAAACGAUUUUAAAAAUCAUAAUAAGUAUAUGA